AGAAAAAGAAGAUUGGCGAAAGUGAUGAGUCUAAAAAAGUAGUCCCUCCGGUUCCUCUGUUGCCCCCCGUGUGGCGUCAGAAGCGAGGCUCCGGGCGCACAGUGCCCGGAAUUCCUGCGCCCGCCGCACGCACCGCUCCGUGGAGGGGUACAUAAGGCGGAGGGGGUGAGGCGACUGGGCGGAGUUCUGUCGCCGGGAUCCUUCCGCUGGGCUCAGCCGUUUCCGGAGUCUGCGCUGCGCCCGGUUCCGCCAUUGCGGCUCUCCUGGCCCGUGGAGCCUCCGCCCCCGACCCGAGCUCUUUCGUCUGCGUGCCAGUUUCCUGCGUCCCCGGAGAGGAUCCUGCUGAGCCCAGCCUCCCCCCUCCCCUUCUCCUCCUCUCCCUCGGAGAGCCCGGGCAGCCACUGCCCCGCAGCCCCAGUGACAGGAGGAGACCAUUCCCCCCGACAGCGCCAUGGCCCAGAUUCUGCCAAUUCGUUUUCAGGAGCAUCUCCAGCUCCAGAACCUGGGUAUCAACCCAGCAAACAUUGGCUUCAGUACCCUGACUAUGGAGUCUGACAAAUUCAUCUGCAUUAGAGAAAAAGUAGGAGAGCAGGCCCAGGUGGUAAUCAUUGAUAUGAAUGACCCAAGUAAUCCAAUUCGAAGACCAAUUUCAGCAGACAGCGCCAUCAUGAAUCCAGCUAGCAAAGUAAUUGCACUGAAAGAUGCUGGGAAAACUCUUCAGAUUUUUAACAUUGAAAUGAAAAGUAAAAUGAAGGCUCAUACUAUGACUGAUGAUGUCACCUUUUGGAAAUGGAUCUCUUUGAAUACGGUUGCUCUUGUUACGGAUAAUGCAGUUUAUCACUGGAGUAUGGAAGGAGAGUCUCAGCCAGUGAAAAUGUUUGAUCGCCAUUCUAGCCUUGCAGGGUGCCAGAUUAUCAAUUACCGUACAGAUGCAAAACAAAAGUGGUUACUUCUGACUGGUAUAUCUGCACAGCAAAAUCGUGUGGUGGGAGCUAUGCAGCUAUAUUCUGUAGAUAGGAAAGUGUCUCAGCCCAUUGAAGGACAUGCAGCUAGCUUCGCACAGUUUAAGAUGGAAGGAAAUGCAGAAGAAUCAACAUUAUUUUGUUUUGCAGUACGGGGCCAAGCUGGAGGGAAGUUACAUAUUAUUGAAGUUGGCACACCACCUACAGGGAACCAGCCCUUUCCAAAGAAGGCAGUGGAUGUUUUCUUUCCUCCAGAAGCACAAAAUGAUUUUCCUGUUGCAAUGCAGAUCAGUGAAAAGCAUGAUGUGGUAUUCUUGAUAACCAAGUAUGGUUAUAUCCACCUCUAUGAUCUUGAGACUGGUACCUGCAUCUACAUGAAUAGAAUCAGUGGAGAAACGAUUUUUGUUACUGCACCUCAUGAAGCCACAGCUGGAAUAAUUGGAGUAAACAGAAAGGGACAAGUUCUGUCAGUGUGUGUGGAAGAAGAAAACAUAAUUCCUUACAUCACCAAUGUUCUACAAAAUCCUGAUUUGGCUCUGAGAAUGGCUGUACGUAACAACUUAGCCGGUGCUGAAGAACUCUUUGCCCGGAAAUUUAAUGCUCUUUUUGCCCAGGGAAAUUACUCAGAGGCAGCAAAGGUGGCUGCUAAUGCACCAAAGGGUAUUCUUCGUACUCCAGACACUAUCCGUCGGUUCCAGAGUGUCCCAGCCCAGCCAGGUCAAACUUCUCCUCUACUUCAGUACUUUGGUAUCCUUUUGGACCAGGGACAGCUCAACAAAUACGAAUCCUUAGAGCUUUGUAGGCCUGUACUUCAGCAAGGGCGAAAACAGCUUUUGGAGAAAUGGUUAAAAGAAGAUAAGCUGGAAUGUUCUGAAGAACUGGGUGAUCUUGUGAAAUCUGUGGACCCUACAUUGGCACUUAGUGUGUACCUAAGGGCUAAUGUCCCAAAUAAAGUCAUUCAGUGCUUUGCAGAAACAGGUCAAGUCCAGAAGAUUGUUUUAUAUGCUAAAAAAGUUGGAUACACUCCAGAUUGGAUAUUUCUGCUGAGAAAUGUAAUGCGAAUCAGUCCAGAUCAGGGACAGCAGUUUGCCCAAAUGUUAGUUCAAGAUGAAGAGCCUCUUGCUGACAUCACACAGAUUGUAGAUGUCUUUAUGGAAUACAAUCUAAUUCAGCAAUGUACUGCAUUCUUGCUUGAUGCUCUGAAGAAUAAUCGCCCAUCUGAAGGUCCUUUACAGACGCGGUUACUUGAGAUGAACCUUAUGCAUGCGCCUCAAGUUGCAGAUGCUAUUCUAGGCAAUCAGAUGUUCACACAUUAUGACCGGGCUCACAUUGCUCAACUGUGUGAAAAGGCUGGCCUACUGCAGCGUGCAUUAGAACACUUCACUGAUUUAUAUGAUAUAAAACGUGCAGUGGUUCACACCCAUCUUCUUAACCCUGAGUGGUUAGUCAACUACUUUGGUUCCUUAUCAGUAGAAGACUCCCUAGAAUGUCUCAGAGCCAUGCUGUCUGCCAACAUUCGUCAGAAUCUGCAGAUCUGUGUUCAAGUGGCUUCUAAAUAUCAUGAACAACUGUCAACUCAGUCUCUGAUUGAACUUUUUGAAUCUUUCAAGAGUUUUGAAGGUCUCUUUUAUUUUCUGGGAUCCAUUGUUAACUUUAGUCAGGACCCAGAUGUGCACUUUAAAUACAUUCAGGCAGCUUGCAAGACUGGGCAAAUCAAAGAAGUAGAAAGAAUCUGUAGAGAAAGCAACUGCUAUGAUCCUGAGCGAGUCAAGAAUUUUCUUAAGGAAGCGAAACUAACAGAUCAGCUACCACUUAUCAUUGUAUGUGAUCGAUUUGACUUUGUCCAUGAUUUGGUGCUCUAUUUAUAUAGAAAUAAUCUUCAAAAGUAUAUAGAGAUAUAUGUACAGAAGGUGAAUCCAAGUCGACUUCCUGUGGUUAUUGGAGGAUUACUUGAUGUUGACUGUUCUGAAGAUGUCAUAAAAAACUUGAUUCUUGUUGUAAGAGGUCAAUUCUCUACUGAUGAGCUUGUUGCUGAGGUUGAAAAAAGAAACAGAUUGAAACUGCUUCUGCCUUGGCUAGAGGCCAGAAUUCAUGAGGGCUGUGAGGAGCCUGCUACUCACAAUGCCUUAGCCAAAAUCUACAUAGACAGUAAUAACAACCCGGAGAGAUUUCUUCGUGAAAAUCCCUACUAUGACAGUCGUGUUGUUGGAAAGUAUUGUGAGAAGAGAGAUCCACAUCUGGCCUGUGUUGCUUAUGAACGUGGCCAGUGUGAUCUGGAACUUAUUAAUGUUUGCAAUGAGAAUUCCCUCUUCAAAAGUCUUUCUCGCUACUUGGUACGUCGAAAGGAUCCAGAAUUGUGGGGCAGCGUGCUGCUGGAAAGCAAUCCUUACAGGAGACCCCUAAUUGACCAGGUUGUACAAACAGCUUUGUCUGAGACUCAGGACCCUGAAGAAGUGUCAGUAACUGUCAAGGCUUUCAUGACUGCAGACCUUCCUAAUGAACUGAUUGAACUGCUGGAGAAAAUUGUCCUUGAUAACUCUGUAUUCAGUGAACACAGGAAUCUGCAAAACCUCCUUAUCCUCACCGCAAUUAAAGCUGACCGUACACGUGUUAUGGAGUAUAUUAACCGCUUGGAUAAUUAUGAUGCCCCAGAUAUUGCCAAUAUCGCCAUCAGCAAUGAGCUGUUUGAAGAAGCAUUUGCCAUUUUCCGGAAAUUUGAUGUCAAUACUUCAGCAGUUCAGGUCUUAAUUGAACAUAUUGGAAACUUGGAUCGGGCAUAUGAGUUUGCUGAACGUUGCAAUGAACCUGCGGUCUGGAGUCAACUUGCAAAAGCCCAGUUGCAGAAAGGAAUGGUGAAAGAAGCCAUUGAUUCUUAUAUCAAAGCAGACGAUCCUUCCUCCUACAUGGAAGUUGUUCAGGCUGCCAAUACAAGUGGAAACUGGGAAGAACUGGUGAAGUACUUGCAGAUGGCCCGUAAGAAGGCUCGAGAGUCCUAUGUGGAGACAGAAUUGAUAUUUGCGCUGGCUAAAACAAACCGCCUUGCAGAGUUAGAAGAAUUUAUCAAUGGACCAAAUAAUGCUCAUAUCCAACAAGUUGGUGACCGUUGUUAUGAUGAAAAAAUGUAUGAUGCUGCUAAGUUGUUGUACAAUAAUGUUUCCAAUUUUGGACGUUUGGCAUCUACCCUGGUUCACCUGGGUGAAUAUCAGGCAGCUGUUGAUGGGGCUAGGAAAGCUAACAGUACUCGAACAUGGAAAGAGGUCUGCUUCGCCUGUGUAGAUGGGAAGGAAUUCCGUCUUGCUCAGAUGUGUGGACUUCAUAUUGUUGUACACGCAGAUGAAUUAGAAGAACUUAUCAACUACUAUCAGGAUCGUGGCUAUUUUGAAGAGCUGAUUACCAUGUUGGAAGCAGCACUGGGACUUGAGCGAGCUCACAUGGGAAUGUUUACUGAAUUAGCUAUUCUAUACUCUAAAUUUAAGCCUCAGAAAAUGAGGGAGCACCUGGAGCUGUUCUGGUCUAGAGUGAAUAUUCCCAAGGUGCUAAGAGCUGCAGAACAAGCUCAUCUUUGGGCAGAACUGGUGUUUUUGUAUGACAAGUAUGAAGAAUAUGAUAAUGCCAUAAUUACCAUGAUGAAUCAUCCAACUGAUGCCUGGAAAGAAGGGCAGUUCAAAGAUAUCAUUACCAAGGUUGCCAAUGUGGAACUAUACUACAGAGCAAUACAGUUCUAUUUAGAAUUCAAGCCUCUGUUGUUAAAUGAUUUGCUGAUGGUGCUGUCUCCACGGUUGGAUCACACUCGUGCAGUCAAUUAUUUCAGCAAGGUUAAACAGCUACCACUGGUGAAACCAUAUUUGCGUUCAGUUCAGAACCAUAACAACAAAUCUGUGAAUGAAUCAUUGAACAACCUCUUUAUUACAGAAGAAGAUUAUCAGGCUCUGCGAACAUCAAUAGAUGCUUAUGACAACUUUGACAAUAUCUCGCUUGCUCAGCGUUUGGAAAAACAUGAACUCAUUGAGUUCAGGAGAAUUGCUGCUUAUCUCUUCAAAGGCAACAAUCGCUGGAAACAGAGUGUAGAGCUGUGCAAGAAAGACAGCCUUUACAAGGAUGCAAUGCAGUAUGCUUCUGAAUCUAAAGAUACUGAGUUGGCUGAAGAACUCCUGCAGUGGUUUUUGCAGGAAGAAAAAAGAGAGUGCUUUGGAGCUUGUCUGUUUACCUGUUACGAUCUUUUAAGGCCAGAUGUUGUCCUAGAAACUGCAUGGAGGCACAAUAUCAUGGAUUUUGCCAUGCCCUAUUUCAUCCAGGUCAUGAAGGAAUACUUGACAAAGGUUGAUGCAAUAAAGGAAAAGGUGGAUAAAUUAGAUGCUUCAGAAUCACUGAGAAAAGAAGAAGAACAAGCUACAGAGACACAACCCAUUGUUUAUGGUCAGCCCCAGUUGAUGCUGACAGCAGGACCCAGUGUUGCCGUCCCUCCCCAGGCACCUUUUGGUUAUGGUUAUACCGCACCACCGUAUGGACAGCCACAGCCUGGCUUUGGGUACAGCAUGUGAGAUGAAAAGCUGAUCCUGUAGUCACCUAUUUUCGUACUGAAACAUCGUCUCUACCCACUUCUCUGUUUAUAAUGGGGGAAACAGGCAACGUGUUCUUGUAACCUUUAUUUCAUGAAGGACUCCUUUUUGUUUCUAACUAUAAACUUGGAUCACCUAUGUUAAAACCUUAUUUCACAUUCCACAUCAUUUUAGAAUUUAUUUUCGAAGGGGAAUAGUUUCAAUGUUUUAUUCACUUGGGCUUUUUUUCUUCCCCCUCAUUCUUUAAGGAACUGCUUAAUAUUUAAUCUGUUGUGAAGAAUCUGAUUUGCACUCUGUAGUGUUUAAAGAAACAAAGAAACUCUAAUAUUGAAUCUCUUAAAUUUAGUGUAUGUAAACAGCUUACAAAUAUGUAUUGUCUAAAUGCAUUUAAAUCUGUUUUAUUCAAAGAAAAGCUAAAGCAAAAAUACUGGCAUAUGACCAUGCAAGACUGUCAGUGCCAACAAAGACAACACUAAUCAGCACAUCCUACACUGGAUUGCAGUGCUUUCCAGAUUAUUUGAAAAAUGUUACAGACAACUUGCCUGAUUUUUAAAUGAGCAUAAAAGGCCCUCUAACCUAUGCAGGUUUCCCCAUUAUGCAUAUAGAAAAUGCUAGUAUGUUUUGCUCACUUCAUAUGUAACAGGUGCCCUUAUGUUGUGCUGUAUCCUGUGCUUUUUCUGUGGGACCAUUCCAUUCAGGAGCAAAGAGCACCAUGAUUCCAAUCUUGUGUGUGUUUACUAACCCUUCCCUGAGGUUUGUGUAUGUUGGAUAUUGUGGUGUUUUAGAUCACUGAGUGUACAGAAGAGAGAAAUUCAAACAAAAUAUUGCUGUUAUUCAGUUUUGUUUGUGGAAUUUGAAAUUACUCAAGUUUAAAAUAAAUUACUGGACUGUGGAAAUAACAUA